GCAUCUAAAGCGGACGACGUGCUGCGACUCCUCCAAGUGUAUCUGCUCCAGGCAAUCAAUGAGGACCGCGGAUAAGGAAACAACAAAAAGGUGUGACAAGAGCCUGGCGGACAACUGUGGAUUGCUGCGAGUAACUCCUACCGUCCAGAGGGGAUGAGGGGGGCAUCGGCCGGACCCCCCUCUUGAUUGAUCACGUAUUAGUCAUCCAUUUGGCUAAAUGGGACCCAUUGAAAAGGCACCGUGGAAUCAUACAUGAAUCAAAUAUUCCCGUGCCCCCUGAAUGUCUCAAGACUAGUUUUGCUUAAGAGAGGGGGGUCGUGGCUCAGCAUAGCCUUAUGUGUUUAUUUUAGUUUCUACGCUUUGACAUUGUACCGCUGUUUUGAAAAAAAAAAGAACAGAGAGAAGGAAAAAACUCGAAAGGAUUCCAAAGAGGAGAUUUGUGGACGUAUAUUUUUUCUAGUUAUUCCGUUGUUUCUUUUUUUUUUCUCUCUUUUCUUAUUUUUAAAUAUUUUUUUUGCCAUUUCCUCUCACGAAAAAUGAAACUUUGGACAUCUCCCUGGGUGUCUUGCCUGGUGGUUCUCCUCUUGUGUUUUGGAUCAGAGUGCGGGACAGCCCGGAGAAAGGGGAGAUCCAAGAGGGAGUUGGUGCGCAUCAGGGAGGCGAGAGCCACCGCGCCGGGGGCUUGUGCCACGCGUCUUCCCCGGGGCAAACGCUCCUUGCCCGGCUUGGAGCGACGGGUGCUCCGCCAGCGCCGGCGCUCCUCGCAGCAGGCGGAGGAGAACUCUCCGGACCGGGGGAAAGCGGUGUAUUUCACCGGCAGGGGCGACCAGCUGCGGCUGAAGCCCGGCGUGGAGAUACCCAGAGGAAAUUUCACCCUGGAGAUGUGGAUCAAACCGGAGGGAGGUCAACGAUCACCCACGGUGAUUGCAGGCCUGUACGACAAAUGUUUCUAUGCCUCCAGUGACCGUGGAUGGCUGCUUGGCAUCAAGGCAGUCAGUGAACAGGGGAACCGUGACCCCCGCUUCUUCUUCUCCCUUAAGACUGACCGUGCCCAUAAAGUGACCUCCAUCCACUCCAAUGCUCGCUACAUACCCAACCAGUGGGCACAUGUGGCAGUCACGUAUGACUGCGUAUACAUGAAGCUCUUCGUCAAUGGCGCCCAAGUGGCUGUCAGUCGGGAGCAAUCGGGCGAUGUCUUUAGCCAUUUGACCAAAAAGUGCAAAGUCCUGAUGAUCGGGGGGAAUGCACUCAAUCAUAACUACAGGGGAGCAGUGGAAAGGGUGGGUCUGUGGAGGCAAGCCCGGGGGCAGAGGCAGAUUAUCAGAGAUAUGCAGGGCCACGACGACCUACAAAAUCUACCUCAGCUGGUCAUCCGAGAAACAUUUGAUCACCCGGGCCGAAAAUGGCUGACUGUAAAAGACGGUAGCUUUCCUCAGCCUGAGCAAGGAGGUGUAGCCCGAUUAGGGCUUCUGAGUGGCAGCAGAGUUGGAGCUGCCGAAGGAUUAUUGGACAUAACGCUGGAUCCUCCAACUUGUGGUCAAACUGUUUGCGACAAUGUUGAGGUCAUCAAAAACUACAACCACCUUUGGACAUUCCGUCGGCCCAAGAAAGUGCGAUAUCGUGUCAUAAAUGUAUGGGACGAUGCACGUCUGAAGCCGACCGUAUCUGACCACCAGAUCAGCCUGCAGCACCAGCAGCUAAACGAUGCCUUUAGCCCCUACAACAUCACCUGGGAGCUCAGCAUUCACAAUGUGACCAACUCCUCCCUUCGCAACCGGCUGAUUCUAGCUAACUGUGAUAUCAGCAAAGUUGGCGAUGAUAUGUGUGACCCAGAAUGCAGCCAUCCGCUGACAGGGUAUGAUGCCGGUGACUGCAUGUCGGUGCACCGGAGCCGUUGCCCUGAGUACAAACAGGGGAAUGGCGUAUGUGACCCCGAAUGUAACUGGGAAAACUUCCUGUAUGACCUCGGCGACUGCUGUAAUCCCAACGUGACAGAUGUGACCAAGACAUGCUUUAACCGCUCCUCUCCACACAAGGCCUAUUUGGAUGUGAAAGAGCUGAAAGACAUUCUGCAUUUGGACGGCUCGACUCACCUGAACGUCUUCUUUGCCAAUUCCUCUGAUGAAGAUCUGGCGGGGGUUGCCACUUGGCCGUGGGACAAAGAAGCCCUCACACAUUUAGGUGGGAUUGUGCUGAAUCCGUCGUUCUACGGCACCUUUGGCCACACCGACACGAUGGUCCACGAGAUCGGUCACAGCCUCGGCCUUUACCACGUGUUCCGAGGCAUAUCGGAGACCGAGUCGUGCAACGAUGCGUGCCUGGAGACCGAGCCCUCGAUGGAAACCGGGGAUCUGUGCGCCGACACCAACCCCACGCCCAAGUACAAGGGUUGCCACGAUCCCGAGCCGGGCAACGAAACCUGCGGCUGUCGUCACUUCACCCACACGCCGUUCAACAACUACAUGAGUUAUGCAGACGAUGCCUGCACGGACUCCUUCACACUGAACCAGGUGGCCAGAAUGCACUGCUACCUGGACCUCAUCUACCAGACCUGGCAACCCUCAUCGAAACCCCCUCCCGUGCCAAUGCCGCCACAGGUGGUCGGGCAGCAUCAUAACUCCAUCAACCUGGAAUGGUUUCCACCGAUAUCCGGACACUUUUACGACAGAGAAGUGGGAUCAGUGUGUGAUAAGUGCACUGAGGGGAGAGUUCUGCUGCAGUACGCCUCCAACUCCUCAUCGCCACGGCCGUGCGCACCAUCUGGUCACUGGUCCCCGCGAGAAGCUGAAGGCCCUCCGGAUGUGGAGCAGGCUUGUGAGCCGAGUGUACGCACCUGGAGCCCCAAUGCGGGGAUCGAGCAAGGCGUCGUCGGCCUGUCCGAGUGCCCUCUCCAGGGCUGCAUGCUUCAGCUGGAGUUCCCUCACCCACUGGUGCCAGACUCUCUCACCGUGUGGGUCACCUUCUUCAGCCCCGACGAAACGGCGCUGCCAGCCAUCCACAACACCUUGCUGUUGACCGUCAGCGGGAACAACAUCUCCUUGGGCCCCAGCAACGUCUUCUGCGACUCGCCGCUGACGUUGAAGCUGGACAUCGAGGAGGAGGUGUACGGGGUACAGUUCUUCACCAUGGAGCAGCAUCUGGAGAUUGACGCCACCCUCCUGGCCUCUAAGCCAAACUGCAUACUUUGCAGAAACUGCCAACCGCUGCGCUACCGCCUGCUGCGCCAGCCGCCCUUCACCCACGCACCACAUGGUCUGAUGCUGAAUGGGCCUACCCGCCGAUUUACAGACAGGGACGUGCUGCCACGUGUUGUGUACACGUACCAAGUCCAAACCAUCUCCGGCCGGAGUGAGAGUGAGCCCUCCCCACCUUUGGUGCACGAACUGGGAUCGCCGUACUGCGGAGAUGGACGGAUCCAGAGUUCCAAAGGAGAGGAAUGUGAUGACAUGAACUCAAUGAAUGGGGAUGGCUGCUCCGCUCUGUGCAAGAAAGAGCCCUUCUUCAACUGCAUUGAGGAGCCGAGCAAGUGCUACUACUAUGAUGGUGAUGGGGUGUGUGAGGACUUUGAGCGAGAGACUGGCGUCAGAGACUGUGGCCUCUACACCCCCAGUGGCUUCCUGGACCAGUGGGCCUCCAAUGUCGAAGUUUCCCACGAGGAGAAGCCUUACUGCUCCGGCGAGGUGGCUGCUGGAUACCCUGCCGUCACUAAGACGUGUCAGUCCAAGGUGUUUGACCUGUCCGACGGCGUGUCGCAGUACGCGUGGUUCCCCUGCCGGGACGCCCAUGACUCCCCCUGGGGAUAUCCCAGCUAUUGGCUCAAGGCCUACUUCUCUCAUCCCAUGGUGGCGGCAGCAGUGAUUAUACACCUGGCUGCUGACGGGACGAGCUACAUUGACCAGACUCAAUGUAACAUCACGGUUCAGCUCGUGGACACUAAGGAGGGCAUCCACAGUCUGGGGGAGUGGCGCCUCAGCUGCCGCACCAACCCCCUGGUGAUCCCCGUGAGCCACGACCUGUCGGUGGCCUUCUACCACACCAAGGCGAUCGUGGUCAUGUUUGCUUCCCGCCUCGUUGCCAUCUCGGGUGUAGGUCUGCGCUCCUUCCAGUCCUUUGACCCCAUCACGAUAAGUGGUUGCCAGAGCAAUGAGAUCUACAACCCCACAGGACAGAGUUGUGUACAUUAUUCCUGCGAAGCCAUUGACUGCCAGGAACCUUUAAUCCGCAAUGCAGAGCUCAAGUGCAGUAGCACUGGUCGCCACUUCUACAACGGGGACCGCUGCACCAUAUUCUGCAACUCUGGCUACGUCCUGCAAGUCCACCAGGACGAUGACAUCAUCAAGAGCCAGUCAGACUCUUCAGUGACUAUAACCUGUGCAAACGGGAAGUGGAACAAACAGGUCUCAUGUGAGCCAGUGGACUGUGGCGUGCCGGACAAAUACCACGUUCAUCCUGCCCAUUUCGACUUCCCCGAGGGCACGACCUACGGCAAGAGGAUCACCUUUAGGUGUCGAGAACCUGCCCAGCUUGUAGGAACAAACAACACUCUUACCUGCCUAGAGGACGGUUUGUGGUCCUUCCCGGAGGCCCUCUGUGAGCUCCGCUGCCCAGCCCCCCCUCCUGUGCCGAACGCUGUGCUGCAAACCAAGCGCUGCAACGAGACGGGCCUCAAAGUUGGCACCCUCUGCAAGUACAAGUGCAGGCCCGGGUACCAUGUCACCAACAAACCUAAGAGGCGCGCAUUUAAGCGUCAGUGCACCGAGGACGGCAGCUGGCUAGAGGGGGCGUGCGAGCCCGUGACUUGUGACCCCCCGCCUCCGAUCUUCCACGGCUCCUAUCACUGCACCGACGGCUUCCACUUUGACAGUGUCUGCAGACUCAACUGCACUGACCCUGCCGGUAAUACCGCUCUCGCCGCCACAGGAGGCUCUGCCCAUACGGGCACAGCAUCCAAUGUAAUCCGCUGUAGGAAGGAUGGAAACUGGACAGGGUCGUUCCGCCUGUGCGCACACAGCAAAGGCCAAUGUUCUUUACCUCAAAACCUCCAUUACAGCCUUCAGUACUCAUGCAAGCGAGGACACGGCAUAGGUGAGGAGUGUGAGCUGAGCUGCCGAGAGAGUAACAACGACGUGGUGAUCCUCCCUAGCAACAUGACGGUGGACAGCGUGCUCAGGGAGCACUGGAGGAACCCGCACAAGGUCAAGAACAUAGUCUGUACAAUGGGGAUGAAGUGGUAUCCACACCCAGAAUUGCUUCACUGUAUCAAAGGAUGUGAGCCAUUCAUGGGAGACAACUACUGUGAUUCGGUCAACAACAGAGCCUUCUGCAACUACGACGGAGGAGACUGCUGCCAAUCCACCGUGAAGACCAAGAAGGUGAUUCCUUUCCCCAUGUCCUGCGACAUACGGGAUGAGUGCUCCUGCCGGGAUCCCAACGCUAUAGAGAACAGAAAGGAUGAACACGUCCAUUCCCUGGGGUGACCAACCUGAGCGGGGACCUCUGUUCAACGUCCCAGGAACCUUGCUCCAACACAACACAGCCAGAGUGGCCGAGGCAGACCCCUCCUUCAUUCUCCUCUCGGCCUCCGAUUUCCUGCACAUGCUGCUUAACAGGCAUACCUCUCCAUCCAUACUGCAAUCCCGACCAGCUGAAACAAAGCCUCCGCCUCCACAUCACAAGAAAGAUCUUAAAAAAAGAGGAUGGGACUCACCAGACUCCACCGAAAACUUCAUUCCUCCGCUACAAAGGAAAGUAACCCUGCAAAAUCAUCAUAAAAAACCCCACCAUAUAUAGCAAAGAGGAAAAGAAAAGAAAUAACAUGAAGCAGACUUUUUUUUUUUUUUUUUAAAGAAUAAGAAAACUAAACAAAAUAACAUAACCAAGCCUAGGUAGCAUGCCUUUCAUUCAGUUUUGUGCCGGCUUCAGUGUCUGUUCUAGUGACCUCGGUCUAGAAUCCCAUGAUUGAACCUAAGGUAUAACUUAAAAUGUGCAAGUUUGGGGAUCGUGUUGAUGUUGACUUUGUGUUUUGGAAAUAUGAAGGAAUGUUAAAAGAGAAUCCUCGGACACUUUAAGGGCAUGUCCAACACCUUUUCCUAGAGGGGCUAGAAGUUUGUGCUUAUAUCAUUCCUGGUUUCCAACUGGUCACGUCAGAGUCCACAGAGGUUUUUCCAACCAUUGUGGGGAAUGAGACAGCCAUACAUUGUUGGGGCGAGAGACUUCAGGUGAAUAGAUUUCAAAUGUGAACUAAUAAUAACAUGAAACUUGCCUAUUAUUGACUUACUCACAUGAACACAAAUAGUUUGUGGAAGAUAUCUGGAUUUUUAACUUUUUUAUUUGUCCAAAUAAGGCUAUUAUCUAAUUUAAUAUGCAACAAUUUGCAUACAUUUCCGGACAGGUUGUUCAAUUUAUGGCCCAAAGGUUGAGAAAAUAGCCUUUAAACACAUUUUUUGUCAAAUUCCACACAAUUCUAUUGGAAACCAUAAUUACUGUCAUAAUAUCUCAUGCAAAGGAAAUUACUACGUUUUGAUAUCAUAACAUUAUGCUGGAGAGAGAGAGCCUUACAACGAUACCUCUGAUGACACGGUUCACAACGUUGUGUUAACUUUUGUCUGUGAAUUUACGAGAAUUUCACUGACAAAUAUAGUAAAGUCUAGUCAAAUGUACAGCUACAUGUGUUUCAAGUCAAGAAAUUGAGGCUAAAUAUGCCCAAAAUUUGCCUGAACAAAAUCGAUUUGCCUCUAGUGUCUCGCCUCAUGUUUCAAGCCAUAGAUUCAACACAAAUGGCAAAAUAUAAAAACACACCCACACGCAAAUGUUAAACCAACUGUCGGACACAAUUCCCUGAGACAUUUGAAAAUUUAAAAACCCUGAAUGCAUAGUUUUAAGCAUGGCUUCUCUGCUACUGUGUUUGCUGCUACUUGCCAUUGUCCAAUCACGAUAUCUAAUAGGGUCAGACGUCUCAUAGGGUUGUCGGCCUUGCUGCUUAUACAGUACCUCUCUAUGGCAUUCAUUCACGCUUGCAUGUUGGUGCAUAUUACGUUCGGCUCACAUUAAUCCGCGAUGACAACACCACAUAUGAAAUGCACUAAGAACUUUAAAAAGGAAAAAAAGAAAAAACACAGAACCUCACUUGUCAUCCCAGUUUAACCCCCGACCGCCCCGCGAGAAAAGAAAUCAUACACACAUUGACUACGACUUAGAGAAUGUCCACCCGUAACACCUCACUUUGAGCUGGGCUGAUUUCAGUUUCAGUUUGAGCCCGCUCCCUCACGGCGCUCGACGAGAACCCCGUUACUUUCCAGCGCCGAUUCCAAAGGUUCAAACUGAAAGUAAAAUGAUCCCAGCUGCGUCCAGAAUGUAGUCAACGCUUGUCGGGAGGCUGUGGCUUUUUUUGGGUGCUUCUUUCUCUUUCUUUCGAUUGCACAGUACAGUCGCACGGGAGUACGGAAAUAAAAGGGCUGGAUCGAGGCCGCGGCGAGUAUAGGUGGAAGGAGACCCCAUCUGAACACACACACACACACACACACACACACACAUGCACAUAACUCUCUCGUCAUUCUCUCCCCUCUCGGUAGUGUCGGACUCUGCAGCUCUAGCUGGCGACAAAUAAAAAUGACAUUUGGAUGUAUGUGUCAACGCAGCAUUAGCAGUCGCCAUACGAUCAAAGGUCCCUGAGAUUCACCGUUCAAGUCGUUAAUUUCACCGUUAAAAAAAAAAGGGCACUUGGUUGAGAUCAGCACUUUUCAGUAUUGCGAACUUGGGUGUGCGUCCUCACCAGUUAACUCCAUCGGAUAACAUGGCUGCUGCAACCGCUUUGUAUUUCUGAUAUCCCUCACUGCACACACGCCAGUUUGUUCUCAUGCACAUGGGGUAGUGAAGGCUGCUCGGCAUAUAUUGGUCCAAAUGUUGCUGCUCCGGUUGCGAUCAGCGCGAUUCAAUCUCUUCAUUUUCACCUGGGUCACCGGCGUGGUCCCCUCCGACUCAUACUAGGCUGCUAAAGCAUUCCAGACCAUUCCAAUAAGUCGGGGAAACGAUCGAGCUGUACAAGUGGUGAUGUCACACCAAGGUCAUUGUCAUUUUGUUUGUUUUAACCGGUGUGAGCGAAGAACUGAGACAAUACCACAACAUGCAGAGAAAGUGAAAAAAAAGGUAUUAUUUUCCACCAAAUACAACAAAAAAUAUCAUGUAAAUAUUACCACAUGUUCUUGAUGGACGGGAGCAUUGCAAAAUGGUUUUAUUUUAUUUUUUUUGUUUACAUGUAUUUCAUUUCUUUCUUCUUUUUUUUUUUUUUACAAAAUGUCAUAUUUAAUCAGUGUUUGUAUUAUUGACCUCAGUUACUGCACUUUUUUUUAGUUGCCAUGUCAGAAGAAAAAAAAGGUAUAUCUUUCAAAAAAUGUUUAGAAGCUGCUAUCGUCAGAAAGGUGAUCUGAAUCAACCUGUAUGAUAUUCGGUCAUUUGACUCCCUGUGUUGCUAUAACCCUUCCUGUCAUUAGUGUUUUCGUUGUAUCUGACCUUGGAUUCUCCUCCCGACCAUGUUAUCAAUGAAGUAGAGUCACCGAAUCCCCAAAUCGUACAAACUAGGGUACACACCAACGCAUUAUCUAUAGAAGGUAUAUUGUAUAUUGAAAGUAUAUUGUCACAUAUUUAAGGUCUAGUUAGAUUGUUGGUCUUUUGUUUUGCCCUCAUGUUUGUGUCACACAUCCUUAAGGUUGAGGUGUACAUUUUGCAGAAACCUACAAAUGCCGGAGGUGAAGGAAAAAGCGUAAAUGAAGAAAGGUCCCCGAUCAAAGGGACUGUUGAAAGACUUUUUUAUGAAUUAUGAAACUUUGUAAGGAUGUUCUAAAGGCUAUAUCAUCUUCAUCGCAUUUAACACUUUAUAUGAAAACUAUAUAGCCCUGGUUUAAAAAGACAAAAAUAACAAAAAAAGAGACUUGUAUUAUGUUGAUAUUAUCAAAUUAUAUAUAUAUUAGUACUCCGGAUACUGCUGCUUUUACAUAGAACUGUCACCAGUGGGGAGAGACUGACCUGCAAUCACUACAACACGCCAAUGACAUGCAGUACUGCGGUUCAUCAUCUGCCAUUCAGGUCACUGGGAAGCCAUUCCAGCCAUUUGACGAAUCCCCCAAAUCUGUCCUUGGAUCCUUCCCGUGACUCGUGAACCGAGUUAACACGACCCGUCGCUUCCACGUUCUCCGACUAACUCAUAUCCUCCUAUCGUCAUCAACCGAUAUCUGAACACCCAAAAAACAGAACGUGACCGUACGUCAACGUGAACAAUUAGAUACCGGAGAAGGUUCCCAUAAGCCAUAGUUAACGCAGAUAUUCAUGGAAAGAAAACUAUAAGAUUGCGCAUUGGACGAGGACAUCGCCUCUCUACUGUAGUCUUCACAGGAUCCCUUGCUGUACCUCAUGCCUGUAAUGUUUGCUGCUUCUAUAUUUUUGGUAUUUUAGUGACAUUUUUGCGUCUCAUAACGAUGGUGUAAAUAGUAGAACUAUUUAUUGAGAGUGUUAUACUUUUUAAGUUAUAUUUAAUGUCCAUGUAAGUUAUUUUUUACAUUGUUCUUAUAAACGGAAACAUUAUCGGUUGUGUGAGUCAAAGGUUGUCGUUUUGUCUGUCAUCAGUUGGGAUCACUGCCGUCGAGCAUUGACCGGACACACAGUACACUCCAAAGGCCCACAGCCAUGAAAUCCCAUUGGUCAUUAAGUGUAGAUGGACGCUGCUCACAUCCAAUGAGGAUUCAUCACCUCUAAUUAUUACUGAGUGCAGUGUAUCUUCUUCUCUUUUUAAAACCAGAAUGUAAAGUUUCCUUUUUUAUUUCUCUUUUUGCUUUUUUUUUUAGCUGCACACAUAAGCCAUACAUACAAGCAGUUGUGAAUAAAAAAACAAAAACCCAAGUAUAUAAUGGUUAAAGUACAUAAAUCCGUAAUAUAGCAACAACAAUGUUAUCGGCGCCUAUGUACGACACAAACAAUAUUUGUACACAGCUGGCUGAGGGCGGGAGAAAAGUGGCAAAGGCGAGGGGGAUGAGAAAGAAGGAGCCGGGGGUCGAGAGGCAGCUGAUGGUGCCCCAGGUGGAGCGAUCUCGGAGGGUCGGGGGAGUGGACGCUGGGCAGGGAGAGAGGUGCGGGGAUGGGUGGGCUGCUUUUCCUGGCCCGUCGAGCUAUUUGUCCAGGUGUGAAAAUGUGGACCCACAGAGGCUGCUCCUGGGCCAGGGGUGGCCGGCGCCGACUGGCAACAGGCCGAGCGCGGUGAGUCAGAGUUUCUCCGAGGGGGUGGCAGCCAUCCCUCCCUCUCUCGCUCUCUCUCUCUCUCUCCCUGGGACUCCCACUCUCUCCCUCACUCCCUCGCUCCCACCGCCUCCUACACCUCCACCUCCCCACUCCCUCAGCACACUGCCUCAUCUGUCACUGUCAGGUAUGCCUGCGCAGGGCCGCCAGGGUCAAGCUGGCCCUGUGAAAAGGAGAGAGGAUGUUUGCCCGGCUUAUGGAGCCUUUUGAAGUUAGGCUGAAGGAACACAGUUCUUCUCACCUCAUAGAGCCCACGCUCAUCAUAUAAUAUGAUUUGUACGGCCGUCUGGUUUCUAAUGACGUGGCUUGGAUAACCCAGUAGUCAAACUCUGUUGUUUUUUCUUAUUUAACACCGGGGGUUAUUGUAUUGCUCGUCAAGAAAUGGACUUUCGUGUGCCCGGAGUCAUUACAAAGCGACAGGGGAGCGUCAGAACGAGUGUCAGAGUCCCCGAUGUCCCCGCUCAGAUCAAUGUGGAGAAAAAUACUGAUGUGCCAUCUCGUUGUAAGACAUUUUCUUUGUGUAUUGUACCACAUGAAGUACCUCUCACAGGCCUCUGGUUAUAGAACGGUCCACUUGUGUCUGUUUCCUGAUCCCUCAAUAAAUAAACAAAAGGUGAAUUGUCCUUUUUUCUAGUGGGAAGUACAAAAAAAAAAGGUGUAUUUACAUAUUAUGUGGAUAACUAGUGGUAUUACUGCAAUGUUUCGUACCUGAUUGCUCAACAAAUAUAUUUUAAGAUGUAAAUAAUAAUAUUACAUGAUGAUUGUAUUUGCAAACCAUGUACUAACUGUUUGGGAGUAGCUCUUGAUUGAUUUUUAUCAUAACUAUUAUACAAAGAGAUGAACCGUGAAUAUGUUGUGCAUUGUGUCAAAGUGUCACCUGCAAGACAGAUAUGAAAAAAAGACCAAAAAAAAAAUGAGGACCUGUGAUGCUUUACCACACCACUUUCGCUGUCAGCGUUUAUUUGUCCCUAAAAGGCUUAAGUACGAGCACUGUUGUCAGUUGUCUUAACCAUUGAAUUUAUCCAUUGAGUCAUAAAUUAUUUAUUUGUUGUCAAGAUGAAUAAAAAAAUCACAAUGGGUCGUGGGAGUCUGUCGAAGUUCAUCCCCCAAAACUUGACAGAUUUCUUUUGUUUUCAGUUCAUUUUCAAACCUUUCCGAGGUUUACUGGCGCCGGCCAACAGCUUCCAGUUCUCCCCAGUCCACGCUGUACGUUGUUUGAGUCUUGCCCCCAUUAACGCCUUUGUGUUCGCUUCACCAACACUGUAAAGGUUGCCAUCGGACUCCGGCGUCCUCCCUCGCUCUGGUGGCCUCCUCUCUCUUUGGUUCUUACACAGUAUGCACUUUUUCAGCACAUAUACAACAGAUUGGACUUUUUGUGUUUCAGUCGAUGUUUCUCUCUGUUUUUUCCACAGUCCGCAAUUAUAUAUAUUUUUUUGGUGCUCUGGUACAUGGCAAAACAUGUGUACUAUAUUUUCAUAAGGAAAAGUCAUAAAGAAGAGUAUCAUGUUCAUUUUUGCUGUCAUUUAUUGUGUAGAAAUAAAACACUGGUUAAAGUGAACAUAC